CUCAUGCAGUAAUACUCAAUACAAAAGAUAUGGAGAACCAGAGGCCACACAAGGCCACCCUCUUCCUCUCUCUUUUUCUCAUCCUUCUUUCUUCAUCGUUUGUCUUCCUUGCUCAUGCAUUGUCUCCCACAGGAACCAUUGACAGGACUACAAAGCAACAAAUCCUCGCAAGCCUCCCUCCAAAAGUUGUUCCUUCUGGGUCAUCUCAGCUAUUCUUGACCUCUCCUUCGGGGAAGUACGCAGCCUUCCUCCUACGCCGACCGACGAUGCUCGGCGCCGGAGGCUUUGGCAAUGAUUUUUGCUACAUUCAAGUUCAGGAAGCAGGACAGAGUAUGUGGGAAUCAGAUUGUGCUCCAGUGAGCAGUGAAAACACAUGCAGUUUAGUGUUUGAUGACAGUGGUCUUGAGAUCUUUGAUGGAAGCAAUUCUAUGUGGAACACAGAUGCAGACGUUGAUAACUUUCUGGAGACACUGGAGUUGGUAGACAGUGGUGAUAUGAGGCUGAGGGACAAAGAUGGGAGAUUGGCAUGGAGGGCUAGUGAUAACCCUCAGGCUAACCAGAAUUGUGGGUCGAUGGGGUCUCCUGGUUUGGCUCCUGAGACUCCUCCAUUUGCUAAGCCUGUUCAGAAUAAUGCUCCAUUUGGGCAGCCAGGGCCCAUCCAAGAACAGCAGCUCCCAGCCCCGGUGGGUAUGGGACCUGUGAGUCUGGGACCUGUGGGUUUGGGUGUGGGAGGAGUCGGAGCUCCUCUAACACAGCCACCACAAGGACAAGUGGGUUUUGAAGAACCACCUCAGCCUCAACCUCAACCUCAAUCUGAUCAGCCUCAAUUUCAAACUCAACCUCAACUGGGUCUAAACCAGCCACCCAGUUCAACCGCAUUUAACUACCAACCAUUAUCUUCAGUGAACCAACCACAGCCUUUUGGUGGAGGGUCUAAUUACCAAAGACAGCCACUUGUGGACAACAAUCCUUUUGAUAGUGGGACUUCAGGGAAUUCACCAUUUAAGUAUGGUGGUAUUGCUUUGGUUUCCAUUGUCACUCUGAUGGCUUAUUAUGGUUUCUUCUUGUGAGGCUUUCUGUUCAAGUGGUCUUGGGGAUUUUCUUUCUUGUUCUGUUGCUCGUUUUCUUGUUAAUUUCCUCUGAAGUGAAGCCGUGAAGGUAAGGGGAAAAAAAUGAGAAAGGGAUUGUGUAAUUUGUUAUUGUUAGUAGGUAAUGAUGCA